CAGUAUUCCGCUGACCGCUUGUGUGCUCGUGCGCGCUCACGCCGCAUUGCUGCAGACACGACAGAUUCUAUCUAAUACCGCGAACUUUUAACACCUGAUAACUGACUUGAAUUUUAUUUUAAAUUUAAACUUUAACCGUUCAGUGACGAAAGGCCAGGCUCUACUUUAUUUAUUUGAAAGGAUAAGAAGGACACGUAAACCUGAUGACAAAGUGUUAGUGUGUCCAGUACUGGAAUAGUUAUGGUGUGGAGUGGACAUUAAGUGGGUGUGGGCGCAACUAUGGCGAGCUUCGAAGACCUAGCCUUCGACUGGUCGUCCCUGUGCCAGGAGUGCCCGGAAUGCUGGACCACGUCAGAUCUGCAGCUUGCGGCCGAACUUGGGAAAACUCUACUGGAGAGAAACAAAGAGCUUGAAACCGCUCUACGACAACAUCAAAAUGUCAUCGAAGAUCAGGCGCAAGAAAUUGAAUACUUGACAAAGCAAACAGUCGCCCUUCGCGAGGUGAACGAUUCAAGGCUCAGAAUCUACGAACAGCUCGAAGUUAGCAUCCAGGAUUUGGAGCGAGCCAAUCACAGACUCGCCGUCGACCAUGCCGCCGACAAGAAACAUAUUAAAACUUUAUGCGCCAACAUUGAAACAUUGGAAGGAAAAUGUGAAGAUGUACAAAAGACUGUUGAUGACCUGAACGCUCAACUGGAUAUUGCUAGACGGCGAGCGGAACGGAAGCCAGAGAGCAUCGAGAAACCCAAAGAGAAGGAACGAAAACCCCAGGAACCAAUAACACCCAAUUCUAAGAAACUUGAAGUAACGAGCACGCCUUUGAAAGUAGCGCCUCUCCCAGAACUGACGAAAGAGGACGAGGAUUUACUAAGGCUAAGCGAUGAGUUGAGAGAAAGCAAAGUAGCCCUCGCCCAAGAGCAAAGGAGAGUAACUGAACUGGAAGAACAGUUGGCGUCUAUGGUACAGGAAAACAAUAGAGUGCAAGACCAGUUGAGAAACUGGCAACAAAACGAAGAUGGGCCCAAAUCGAUGCAUGAGGAAUUCUCGAUUCUUGAAGAAGUCAGACAAGGUCAACUAUGCAUCAGGUGCCUUCGGGGCGUGGAAAGAGGAGACGAUAUGUCUUCCAUUCUCGACGGAGACGACGACGACAGAAGUGCCAUCAGCUCACUGAUCCUCACUCCAUCAGGGCAGGACAGUCUUAGAGACGACCACGUUACAAACAAACUUGUCAAAUUCGACAAUGCAAAGGAAAAAUUACUACAAGGUAUAUGGGCUAACAAAGAAGAUGGCCACGAAAAUCCCUAUAGAGAGCUCGUGCAGAAGUACGAAGCUCUUCUCGAGGUUCAACUCUCGCAAGUUAAGAACAUUAAAAAGAACAAACCCCAUACUUUGCCCACCGCACAAAAUCCAUCCGGGUCCCUGUCCCUCCAAGAUGAACUUCAGACUUCCGGAGAAUACACCCACUUCAGCGUCAAGGACACAGACGAUGAAAGUGGGCACGGCGAAGAGGCCCAGAAGGAGAAUCAACAAAAGAAGGUUGAAACCACAUCUCGGAAGAAAAUUAUUCAAACCCCAGAUUUCUCUGAAGCUGAGACAUCCAGCUCCGGUUUCUCAGACGAGACAAGUAACAAAGCUACACAAACAGAACGUGAAAGACCUGGAUCGUUCCUUUGCACCAUUGCUGACGGUGAAGACUACCGAUUCAGUAUUUACGAUGACGCCAGUCCAAUGGACAGCCGGUUUCGCAAUAGGCCUGAAUAUCGUGAGCUAUUUAAAGAAAUAUUCACCAUUCUGAAGAAGGCAGCCGAAAACAAAGAUGAAGGGGAGCAAUUGCCACUUCUUGACGACACCACUGCUGGAAAAGUGCCACCUGUUACUCCAGCAAACGAAGAACAACCCGACAACAACUUCACUGACGACACACAAAGCGUCCUGUCGUCUGUAAUGUCUGAACAGUCGAUUCCAGUGUCCGAUGUCACCCUUCCAGAAACACCAACCCUAAAAGAAAAGGAACAGACGAAUCCUGAACCCAUUAAGAAAGCAGUUGAGAACAAAGAAAAUAAACCAGCAAUAGAAGAGAGUACUAGCGCGGCGAAACCUGAAGAAAACAAAGAAAAAGAAAAGGUACCGGAAAUUGUUAAAGGAAAAGAAAAAGAACGCGUUUUGACGCCGUUAGUGCGUCAGCCACUGGAAUACAUUGCGGCCACUAGAAAGAAGUCCAGACAUCGCAACCGUAAACACAGUCAGGAUCGUCAAGGGGCAGACUCUCCUGUAUUUCCGUCGCCUCCAAAAAUCACCUACCAGAAAUCAUCGAAUAAAAAGAAGAGAGACUACAGACCAAUCGAAAUAAGUCCACUAGCGAAAACAGCCGAAAGUGAAUGGAAUGGUCACACAAUGCAGUUCUAUAACAGAAACAUAAACUCUCCCACGCCGAGCGCAAGCGGCCGCACCGGCAAGAUCUACCAAGCAUGGAACCCCGAAACAGACUCAUGGGACAUUAAGCAGAGCACUGCAUCACAGGAAAUACAUAAAUUAAGAAAACUGGAGCUGUCAUACGCUGAAGUACUGAGAAACGCAGAUAAAAAUAAAAACAGGCGUAAGAAGCAUCAGUGAAGGAUAUUUUUUACCCGUCGACCCCUCUAGCUCAUGAGCAAGAGCCGAGUGAUCAACCGCCAUUUGUCUUUGCCAACUGGACAUAAUUUAGUUUAGGAAUGUUUGUGAUCUGCUAGAGUAACUUUCUAAUUUUAUCUCAGCGUACUUAUUAUCUUAAUUUGCCA